AUGAGUGACGAUAUUGUAAUCUUUGGCGGUAAUUCACAUCCAGAAUUGGUUAAAUUGAUUUGUGAUAAUCUAGGUGUGCAUCCUUCAGAUGUUACAUUAGGUAAAUUUUCUAAUGGUGAAACUAAUAUUCAUGUUGGUGAGUCAGUUCGUGAAAAGGACGUUUAUGUAAUUCAAAGUGGUUGUGGUCAUGUUAAUGAUAUAUUCAUGGAAUUACUGAUUUUGAUUAGUGCUUGUAAAAUGGCUUCUGCUUCGAGAGUUACUGCAGUUAUGCCAUACUUUUGUUAUUCAAGACAGCCUGAUAUUCCUUAUACUUCAAAGGGUGCCCCAAUCAUUUCAAAGCCAAAGGAAGUAUACACGUUUGAAUCCCAUCCUGGGACUCCCGUUGCAUCUUCUUUGUUAACAAGAAAGCCAGGAUCAGAUAGUGGUAUCAAUCUAGAUAAAAAUGGUAAAGGAUUGCCAGAGACAAAUCAUUUGGAACAUCCUCAACCUGUUAGAGUACCUCAAAGUGAAUUGACAAAGACACCUUCUUCUUCUCGUAUUCCAAUGAUCUCAGGUAAGAAGAACCAGGAGAUUGCACCAGAAGCUGGUGAAUUAUUUAAUGCUCAAAAUUCUGGUUAUAAAUUGUGGGUUGCUCAAUCAGGUACUUUGAUUGCUAAUUUACUAACAAGGGCUGGUGCUGAUCAUGUUAUUACAAUGGAUCUCCAUGAUCCACAAUUCCCAGGUUUUUUCAGCAUCCCUGUAGAUAACCUAUACUGUAGACCAUUGGUUCAAAAUUACAUUCAACAUCAUAUUCCAGAUUAUAAAGAGGCUGUCAUAGUUUCACCAGAUGCUGGUGGUGCUAAAAGAGCCACUGCCAUUGCAGAUGCUUUGGAGUUAUCAUUUGCCUUGAUUCAUAAGGAAAGAAGAUCUCAACUUUUAAAGGGUCCUCCGGGCGCAACUUUAACUUCUGGUGGUACCCUACCAUUAUCUUCAAAACCAUUAAUUCGUCAAUUAGAAACUCCAUUGAAGACACCAGAAAUGCGAAAAUCUUCUUCCUCUUCAAAAAUUAUUCAAACUACUAUGUUAGUCGGUGAUGUUAGAAAUAAAGUCUGUAUUAUUGUUGAUGAUUUGGUCGAUACUUCUUAUACUAUAACAAGAGCCUCGAAAUUACUGAAAGAUCAAGGUGCUACAAAAGUGUAUGUUUUAAUUACUCAUGGUAUUUUCUCUGGUGAUGCAUUGAACCGUAUCCGUCAAAGUUCAAUUGAUAAGUUAAUCAUCUCUAAUACAGUUCCACAAGAUAGAACCAUUGAGUUCUUAGGUAAAGACUUUGUUGAUAUUAUUGACGUUUCUCGUGUUUUUGGUGAAGCAAUUAGAAGAAUUCAUAAUGGUGAGUCUAUUUCUAUGCUUUUUGAACACGGUUGGUAA